UUUCGUAAACGUGUACAAUAGAAACACGUAAGCCCAUAACGCCCCAAACCUAUAAUUGUAGUGGUACUAAGCCUGAAACAUGCUCAUAGCUGUCGACCGCUACACCUCAAUGGCAGAUAUUUAUACAAGAGCCAAAAACUGUGCUGGAAGUCGUGGGCCGACUGUAUGCGAUAGAAUCUACAGGUGUACGCCUGUUAAACUUCUGCGGAGUUUACUGCUCAUUGCAUAAAUGGUGCGAGGAAAGCGUUAGGUAUAAAGUGGAGUAAAUGGCUAGCGGUAAAGGUGGUGCACUCAAGCAUAUAGAUGAUUGACAGGGCAAUCAACGAGACUAUUAUACAAAAGUUUUGUAGUUUUAUUUUGGUAGAAAAAAUUCAAUAUGUUUACCCUUGUAGAUAAAUAUCUCAUGUAAAACUUUCGCGGAAAACUUGAAUUAAAUUUAUUUUUGCAAACCGCUAGGAGCGCUGCGGAGUAAUGCUGGUGAUUUUCGAAUGAGCGAUUACGUCAUCGAUGAUUAAUUGAGAAACUUAAAGCGGUAACUUGCUUAAUCGGUUAGCGGGUACUCUAUAAGUCAUUUGGGGACAUUUAAAUUUCCGACCGUUUUGUCCGACCAAUUAAAUGUUAUAAACUAAUUAAAAAAGUUAUUUUCUGACGCCAUACCGAACUUGGAAUUUCUUUUGUGGCGUAAAAUUAUUAUUAGUACGAGGUUCUGAACUUGGUUUUAUUUUCGACUCGCAUUAAAACAUGAUUUCCAAUAAUGGAUAAAUAAUUGAAUUUAUCGCAAACAGAACCAGUCCAGUGCGCAAUGCGAGAAUUUGAUCAAUGGAAGGAGGAGAGUAUCGAUUCGAUAAGAUUUUCGUUAAAGGUCAGCCUUUCGCGCUGACAGUGUUUUGGGUUUUCUCUACAAUACAAGGUAAAUGUUGUUGCAGAAUUGUAGGCUGUAAUUGAUUUACGUGAUGUCGCUCUUUUCCGGUUGAUUCGCGAUGGAGAGGAAUUAAAAAGCCUAAUUUGCCAAGAGCAAAGAUGCCGUAUGUGAGAGCGAGGUCUGUAGAGCAAGAGAGCAAAAGAGGUGACGUACGAAACGCACAAAGAGAGGAUAGGCAAACAACAAUUCACGUCGAGACCAACGUCAUUAUUCAUAAAGAGAGAAAGGCCGCUCCGUCACGCACAGACUGGGAGCAGACGCAAAGACGUAACCGUACGAUCAAUAACAGUGCUCGGGCAACUGCGGCGAAGAACAGGCGUUGGUGGAAAGGCAAGAGCGCCGCAACCGUACAGAGUGAGCCUACGUCGUCAGACACAGCUGUUAAAGACGUCGACGUAACCUCGGGCGGGAAUAGCAAUGAAAGACUAGACAGCCAUACCGAGAACUGCUCUGAUUUCAGCAACUCGACUACCGAAGAAAAGGCAAAGUUUGAUAUCUGGAAAAAAAGAGUAAAUCGACGAAAUAGUGGCUAUUACGCUAAGAGAAUAAGCCUAAACCGGGAUUUAAGGUUCUCUCAGCAGACGGGUGAUAGUAAAGAGAGUCUUUCUGUUAGUGAAAAGGAUUCAGGUGUCUUUUGUUCGCAUAACCAAGAAAUCGCUACAAUAACUUCGUUCUACGAAAAUGCUCUGCAGCCUCAGGAAUACCCAAGCACAUACGAAGGUAUAGUACAGACCGUGUUACCCUCUACUAGUCCCUACUACAACAAGUCAUUUGCCAGCUUAAAACGAAAGCAAGCAACUCAGCAUCCAACUGCAGCCUGUACGAAUUGCGGACAAAAGUGUAAUACAUCUCAGUCCAACAGGAAAUACUCUAGUUCAGAACCGGAACAGUCGUAUGCUCGCUUUAGAUGCACCAAAGAGCGCUACUUUUCUCAGCUGCCCGUUUCAUCAUUUAAUCUGCCAGGUUGCGUGCAAUUAGAUACCGCAAACCCAGCGAGCUGCACAGAAAGAAAGUCUUCAAUGUCUGAUCUUAAUAAUGACCGAGUUAGCCGUGAACUUAAUACCGAACCUACUACUAUAUCUUGCCAAGAUAUACCAACUGUACGGUCCCAAUCUGAUCCUAGGAAAGACACGGAGGCAUUACUUUCAGCAGAGAGGCCCUCGUCUACACAAACCGUUUUACCUAAUCACUUUGGGCAUUACGACGAAACUGUCGGCUGUGGAAGACGAAUUGCUGCUGACCCGACUGUUACAACCAGCGUUUCUACACCUCUGGUCUACUCGUUUUCGCCGGAGGACGAACCACACAGUUAUGACACAAACACUGCCAGUGAUAACAAUGCUUUGACGUACCGACCGACUCGAUUAAAAACCCAGUCCCACCCGCAAACGGUAAAAAAUAGGCAAAGUGUUCCAGGCGACCUACAACUGCUACCUCGGCAGCAUUAUAAUUCUGAAAACAGUACCCCGCCGCGCUCUGCGCCUUUCGGAAACAGCCGUGAAGAAUUACAUAUACCUACCAAGAAGCAAGACCAGCAGCUCAAAAAGGAACAUUUGUCCAGCAGUUUAACUGCAUUAUCUACGCCAAGGUCGCCUGAAAAACACACAUGGGAUUAUGGCUCCAGUAAACCAAAUCCGUUUGCCGAAAUCGCCAUGAAAAGCGCUAAGCACAACGGUGUAGUGUCUGCUUUUCCAAAGCUAGGGGCUUCGACCCGCAGUUUAAAUCGGCUUGAGCAUAAUUUUUACGACGAAGAUGGAGAGUGUAUUCCUUUGACGCAAGUUUCCCCACAAGCAACACACACCGAAUCCUAUCUUGCGCCGCCAGAUUUAGUUGGGGGUCAUAAAAACGAUUCCGACCACCCCGGAAAAGUAAGAGACGUCUUCCCGGAGGAAAAAGAACAACGAAAUAACAUCCGUGAUUCUUCCCAUAAAGUCGAUGGAAGCGAUACAGCUCAGGUCGAUUCUUCGUCCAUGCAAAUGGAUAAGAAAAGUCUUGGGGCAAACAACAACAAAACAAUGAACAUAGGGUACAGACUCGGAUACCGACGAACGCUUUUCGAGCGACGCAAACGGUUGAGUGAUUACGCUUUAAUAUUCGGAAUGUUCGGAAUAAUUGUAAUGGUCAUCGAAACCGAACUUUCAUCGGGAAAUAUUGCUGAUUUGAGAGGCAAAGUAUUGCAAUGCAGUACAAGCGACCAAAUAAUGAAAGCUUGGAACGGCGGACUCUUAACAGAAUGUGCUUGGAAGGCCACUUAUUUCUCUUUAGCUUUGAAGUGCCUAAUAUCAUUGUCAACAGCAUUAUUAUUGGGUUUGGUCGUCGCAUAUCACGCUAGAGAAAUACAGUUGUUUAUGAUUGACAACGGUGCGGAAGAUUGGAGAAUCGCAAUGGAUUGGGAACGAGUAAUGUUCAUUACGCUUGAACUGACCAUAUGCAGUAUUCACCCGAUACCGGGUCUAUACACAUUUGAGUGGUCCGCGAGACACGCAUUUUCUGGAGUUACGACGACAACAACAGCGGACGUUGACAUCCUUCUCUCGAUCCCUAUGUUUCUUCGUCUUUAUCUGAUAGCUCGUGUGAUGCUUCUACACAGCAGGCUUUUCACCGACGCGUCAUCUCGAAGCAUCGGAGCUUUGAACAAAAUCAACUUUAACACCAGAUUCGUUAUGAAGACGUUAAUGACGAUAUGUCCUGGCACCGUGCUGCUGGUAUUCAGUAUUUCAUUAUGGAUUAUUGCAGCGUGGACUAUUAGAGCUUGCGAACGAUAUCACGACACUGAGAACGUAAACAGCAACUUCUUAAGCUCGAUGUGGCUUAUUUCAAUCACUUUCCUAUCAAUUGGCUACGGUGAUUUGGUUCCAAACACAUUCUGUGGCAGGACCGUCUGUCUUCUUACCGGCAUCAUGGGUGCCGGAUGUACUGCUUUAGUUGUCGCUGUCGUAGCCAGAAAAUUAGAGCUCACCAAAGCGGAAAAGCACGUUCAUAACUUUAUGAUGGAUACUCAGUUGUCGAAACGCGUCAAAAACGCGGCCGCUAACGUACAGGAAACAUGGCUGAUAUAUAAAAGCACGAAGCUGACAGAUAAACUGGAUUCUACUAAAGUUAGAAGACACCAGCGCAAGUUUCUGCAUGCAAUUUAUCAAUUACGUAAUUUUAAAAUGGAGCAACGGAAACUGAACGACCAAGCCAACACCCUUAUUGAUUUUGCAAAGAUGCAAAUACGAGUUUCGGACAUGUUAUCUGAAAUAACCACCCGGCACGAAACGGUUGAAGACAGAGUGUGUCAGAUCGGGACUCGACUUGAAAACUUAGAACAACAAGUCAGUAAACUUCCCGAACUGCUCGCUGAAGUUGUACAGACUCAACUUACAGACUACUUUGAUCGUGCGAUAGCAGAACGAGUAAAGCGACGGCCGAGUGAAGAUAUGUCGCCUGAGACUGCUAGCGAUCGCUCUCAAAAAACUUCCAGUGUCACUCGCAGGCAGUCAUAUUCGCAGUCAAAGUCGCAAGCAGUCGACGGCAGAAAGACGAGAGAGGGAGCCAGGCACAGAACUGGAUCUUCGGCGUCGUCGAUUUCUUCGUGGGAUCCGGGACCCGCUGGGUCAUCAAAGAAGGACGAAAACUAGGCGGGGUUUCGGCGCUUCAAAUCCCGCCGGGUCCACAAUUUGUCGUCGUUCUCCGACAUGGUAGAAGCUGUCGUCGCUACGGGUGCGAACAAGUAGUAUAAUUACUGCGUUUGAAAAACAAAGUUCGAUAUCGUUUACUUAUACAAGGAGGUCGAUACGAUGUGUCUUCGAAACAGCUUAACAAUUUCUUUCGCCAUUUUCUUUUCUGUUCAUACCUCGUUCCUGCUUUGAACUUAUCACUUUGCUUACGAGUUUCCAAAAUUCUCUAUCGCUGACGUCACGAAUGCGUAUUUCGAAAAUACAGACUGGUACGCAGCCAACCUUUUUAACCAAUCAAAUCGCUCUGUUAUGCUACGGUGACAACGAAAAUUACAUACCACGUUUAAGACGAAAAACGGGGGUAGCUGCAAACCAGUCUGUAUUUGAGAUACAGACUCAUCUUACAGACGAGCUACUGGAUUUGCUUUUAUUCUUCCUUUAUCAGCUUCUACUGCUAGAUCAUGCUUCGUCUGUAUAGACGCUUUCUCAUGUUUAUGCACUUACAAUAAGUGUUCGUUCACAUACUACUGCAUACACAUAUAAAUAUUUAUAAAUUAUGUUUCGUUUUCACCGGUUUUAAUCUCGUUUCUUUCUUCACUGACUUGUUUUACUUGGCUACGCUAACUGGCCAGAACGCACAGAUAUCAUUUAUGUUCCAGUAGCACUUGGAAGUCAACUCAGUCAAUACGAAGUCAUAUACAAUGUACUUCUUUCUGUUUUGCAUUUGCUUCAAUACAAAGUUUCAGUCUAUGUAAGGUGUCCUUUGGCCUCCAACCCAGAGGUUACAGAUUCAAGGCUCGCCACUGGGACUAUGCCCCCUGGGCAAGAUUAACAGCAAUUGCUCCAACCCCGUGGAACCUUAUGAGUUGUCACCCAUGCAUUAAAAAAAUCUAAAAAUGUAAUCACUCCUAAAGUUACGUUAACACGUAAGCGGGCACACGAUGUAUUGCCCGCCACGUGAAAAUACAACAAGUUACAUUC